AGAGGAGCAGCAAAAGGUGUAUUUAGGAAAAUUACUAGCUUCCAUUCAGCUGUGUGUAUGUUUAUUAGAAAAAUUGUACCAAUGAAAUUGUUAAUGAAAUAAAUUUUUAAACCACAGCGUUUUAGUAUAAGUGUAUAAGAUCAGCCUUAACUGCAUUUAAUCGAACGUGACGCUACAAUCUUCUCACUCAAUUGGUAUACUCAGGUUGUGUUUUGUUACUGGUUUUCUUGGCAUCAGCUUGGUCGUAAUUCGUAGGCAGCUUGAGCCGUGUUUGCGACACGUCGACAUAUUCGAAUGUCGGCUACCAGUGCAAUUGUUUAAUAUCACCGAAUUUAAUACCGUAUUAAAAAAUCUUGAAUUUUCAUCAAAAAUGCGUGUUAGCAAUGUACGUGGUGGGCGCCUGUGCCGCAUAGCCUUUUGUUGCUGCAUUAUAAUACCGCUUAUAUAUCUGCUGGUCACAUGGAACGACACCAAGCGUGGACUAAAUAGCUACCACGGCAAAUUUUCUCGAUUUCAUCACCAGAGAUUGGAGGGAAGGCCACGUGAGGUGCCAAAGCUGGUCGAAGGACUUGGAAAUUUCGAGCCGAAAAAUGUAGAAGAGCGCUCCGGACCAGGCGAGAAUGGCGAAGCAUAUCAACUCUCGGCCGAUAAGAAGAAUCGCGCAGAUGAGUCGGAAAUGGAGUAUGGCAUGAAUAUUGCGUGCUCCGACGAGAUAUCAAUGCAUCGUUCUGUGCGCGAUACCCGUUUGGAUGAGUGCAAGCAUUGGGACUAUCCGUACGAUUUACCCAAAACCAGCGUCAUUAUUGUUUUCCACAACGAAGGAUUCUCGGUGCUUAUGCGCACAGUUCAUUCGGUGAUUGAUCGUUCGCCAAAGCAUAUGUUGCAUGAAAUUAUUUUGGUGGACGAUUAUUCGGACAAGCAGGACUUGCGUGAGAAAUUGGAUAAAUACAUUCAACAAUUCCAUGGCUUAGUAAAACUGAUACGUAAUAGCGAACGCGAAGGUCUCAUCCGUACACGCUCUAGAGGUGCACAGGAAGCGAGCGGCGAAGUCAUUGUUUUCCUCGAUGCGCACUGUGAGGUGAAUACAAAUUGGUUGCCACCGCUCUUGGCGCCCAUCUAUCGUGAUCGCACCGUUAUGACGGUGCCCAUUAUUGAUGGCAUUGAUCAUAAAACCUUUGAAUAUCGCCCGGUAUAUGGCAGCGAUGCGCAUUUUCGUGGCAUAUUUGAAUGGGGAAUGCUGUACAAAGAGAACGAGGUGCCUAAACGCGAGCAACGCCGUCGUGCACACAACUCCGAGCCAUACCGCAGCCCUACACACGCCGGUGGGCUGUUUGCCAUUAAUCGAGAAUACUUUCUGGAAUUGGGCGCAUACGAUCCCGGUCUAUUGGUGUGGGGUGGCGAAAACUUCGAGUUGAGCUUCAAGAUAUGGCAGUGUGGCGGCAGCAUUGAAUGGGUGCCGUGUUCGCGUGUAGGUCACGUUUAUCGCGGUUUCAUGCCAUACAAUUUCGGCAAGCUGGCGCAAGCCAAGAAGGGCCCCUUAAUUACAAUCAAUUACAAACGUGUCAUUGAGACAUGGUUCGAUGAUACGCAUAAAGAAUAUUUCUACACCAGAGAACCGUUGGCGCGCUACCUCGAUAUGGGCGAUAUUAGCGAGCAGUUGGCGCUGAAAAAGCGCUUAAAUUGUAAAUCUUUUCAGUGGUUUAUGGACAACAUUGCCUACGAUGUGUAUGACAAAUUCCCAGCACUGCCAGCCAACUUACAUUGGGGCGAAUUGCGUUCCGUGGCUACCGACGGUUGUCUAGAUUCAAUGGGCCAUCAGCCACCGGCCAUAAUGGGACUCACGCACUGCCAUGGUGGGGGUAACAAUCAGCUGAUACGUUUGAAUGCCGCCGGGCAAUUGGGCGUGGGCGAGCGUUGUGUGGAGGCAGAUCGGCAGGGCAUUAAAUUGGCUGUAUGUCGUUUGGGUACAGUGGAUGGACCGUGGAAUUAUGAUGAAAACACGAAGCACUUGCUGCAUCGCACGCACAAAAAAUGCGUGGCGGUACAUCCGACAACGCAGCAACUGUUCUUGGCCCAUUGUGAUGUGAACGAUGGCUAUCAGCAGUGGUGGUUCAAAGCAAUCAAACCCAGGUGGUAAAAAACAAAAAAAAAAAAAUGCAACGUACUAAAACGCAGCGCGCGGGUUUCAUGGGACAUUCAUAUCGGACGUUGAGAAGAUCAGAGAAUUUAUUUUGUUAAAUUUGAAGAAAUUUUAAUUGAUAGAGAUUUUAGAGA